GUCUGUAGCACCGUAACUUGUACGUAAUUUCAACAAAACAUAACAAAACAUUCAAUAUGGCACCUACCACGAUUCGGACGCCGCCCGCUCUCACGGACUUCAAGCCUCUUGAAGAGCAUCUCCAGCAAACCCCCGAGACAUUCUUCGGCGGAAAGCCCGUCCUCUACUACCAUGUGACCGGCGCAAAGGCCUGGAUCCCCAAGUCGCAACGCGGCAGGCUGCCUUUCUUUCCGGCCGACCUGGAGGCCGAACCUACAGCUCCUGAGGGCGCGGCCUUGAGCGAGGGUGCCGAGGAAACUGUUGAGCAGAAAGUCGAUCUCUACGUCAACUCCCAAAACCUCACAAUAUUCUCCCCUUCCGCCGAAGUCGGUUUCGAGAUUCCCUACCCCGUGAUUAGCAUUCACGCGAUCAAGACCAUCGGCACCGGCGAAACCAAGUACCCCUCCGUCUUCCUGCAGCUUGAGCUCUCCCCCGACGGCGGCGCCGACGACGACGACUUCGAGACCGUUGAACUCACCCUCACCCCCCCACCCGCUCAUGCAGGUACUACUACUGCUCCUGCCGCCGAAACCCUAGCCGAAACGGAGGAGGAACCAACAAUCGGCAAGAAACAACCCGAUAACGAAGCUACAAAACUCUUCAAGGCCAUCACCGCUUGCUCUGACCUGAACCCCGAUCCCGUCGAGGAAGACGACGAAGACGAUGAGUACGACGAUGAUAGGAUAGUUUUUGAGGGUGAUGCCAUCGAAGGGUUCCAGGGCGUGUUUGCGGGGUCGAACUCGGGAGGUCUGCCGCCGCCGAUGCCUGGUAGUUCCGGGUGGAUCACGGCGGAGAACGUACACGAGUACUUCGAUGAGCAGGGGAACUGGAUUGGUGGUGAUGAGGAGGUUGAGGUUGAGAUCGAAGGAGAGGAAGAGGGUGGUGUAAGUGGAGAGCUUGGUGAGGGUGCUGGUACCGUGAGGAGGAGAGAGGAUGUGGAGGAUCCAGCUGGCGGUGGAGAGGAGAAGGAAGAGCAAGGAGAGAGCAAGAGGGCGAGGAUUGACUAGGGAACCUAAGAGCAAGUGAGAGAAAGGAUGAAAGCAGUGGACACAUCGUACGCUUGCCUUGUUGGAGAGGACUCGGCUGAGACUAUAUACAAUCCUGCACUCAGACCCAUGUUGUCAGGCAUUUCAGAGGAGUGUGUAGGAAAAUUGUAAAGCUACGGUCUAUGGAUACUUGAAAAUAGAAAGUGGUAUCUGU